AUGACGGCCACCGCUCAGCAGACCGCCAAGGCCCAGCCAGUCCAUCUCCCAGCAUCCUCUGCGGCAGCUAACCCUGUCCCCGGUGCUCCAAUUGACCCUCAGGCGCAGCUGGAAGCUGACAAGCGUGCUGUCUACAGACAUCCUUUGUUCCCCCUCCUGACGCUGCUGUUUGAGAAGUGUGAGCAGGCCACGCAGGGCUCCGAGUGCAUUACCUCCGCCAGCUUUGAUGUGGAUAUCGAGAACUUUGUCCACCAGCAGGAACAGGAGCGCAAACCGUUCUUCAGCGAGGACCCCGAACUCGACAACCUGAUGGUGAAGGCAAUCCAAGUGCUGAGAAUCCACCUGCUGGAACUGGAAAAGGUGAAUGAAUUGUGCAAGGAUUUCUGCAACCGCUACAUCACCUGCCUGAAAACCAAAAUGCACAGCGAUAAUCUCCUCAGGAACGACUUGGGAGGACCCUAUUCCCCAAACCAGGCGUCCAACAGCCUUCACACACAGGACUUGUUACAGAAUUCUCCCAACGCGUUGUCUGCUCUGUCCAACAACCCACAAGGAAUAGUUGUUCCGUCCACACUACAGCAAAGCAGCCUUUCCAUGACAACCGUCAACUCUUCGCAGGUUGUAUCAGGUGGUGCACUUUACCAGCCCGUUACCAUGGUAACAUCACAGGGACAGGUAGUAACUCAAGCAAUCCCCCAGGGGGCCAUCCAGAUCCAGAAUGCACAGGUGAGCUGA